AUGCCUGAGUAUCAACAGGGUGGCCCGUCAUUGGGCUCGGAGAGUACUCCCAAUGAAAACUACGGGAAAGCAAAUGUAGUUCAGACAGAGAAAGAGUUCAGUCAUGAUAGCAAGAACGAACCUGAAUUGGGUGACAAACUUCAAAUAACCAAGCGGAUCGUCAUUCGUAAGGCCGAGCUCAUGGCAAACCAAUAUGACGGUUGGUUACUAAAAUCUAUGUUUCUGUUUUCAGCCUUUAUUUGCGCUUUUUCGUACGGGCUUGACAGUAUCAUUAGAAGCAUUUACAUGACAUAUGCGAUGAACGAUUACCAGACGCAUUCUCUGCUGUCAACAGUAAGCGUAAUAAGUCUGACAAUCUCCGCGGUUGCUCAAAUAUUCUUCGCCGGUUUGUCGGAUGUUUUCGGCAGACUGUCAAUGUUCAUUGUGGCUAUUAUGUUUUACGUUGUUGGUACCGUCAUCCAGUCUCAGGCUUACGAUGUUCAAAGAUACGCCGCUGGGUCGAUUUUCUAUUAUAUUGGGCUUGUCGGUUCUAUGUUUCAGGUAACUUUAAUGCUGUCCGACUGUUCAUCAUUGAAGUGGAGACUGCUUUACAACUUCGUCCCGGCUUGGCCAGCAUUAGUGACCGUAUGGAUUUCGGGUAACGUCGUCCAUGUGGCUAACCCAGAAAAGAACUGGUCCUGGGGUAUUGCGAUGUGGGCAUUUAUCUUUCCUGCAACUUGUCUACCAAUCAUAGGCUGUCUCCUCCAUAUGAGGUGGAAGCUCAGAAACAAUUCUGAAUGGAAGGAAUUGCAGGAGGAGAAAACUUACUUCCAAACCCAUGGUUUGGUGCAAACCCUGAAACAACUUUUCUGGAAAUUAGAUGUUGUGGGCGUGUUACUAUUCAGCGUAUCUACCGGGUGCAUUCUUAUUCCACUGACAAUCGCCGGGGGCGCCUCCACGCAUUGGAGGAGCGCCAAGGUUAUUGCGCCAUUAGUACUUGGCUCCUUGCUAGUUCCUUUCUUCAUUUAUUGGGAAAGUAAACUAGCUUUGGUGCCUUUGGCCCCAUUCAAGAUGUUGAAAGAUCGUGGCAUUUGGGCACCUCUGCUUAUUACGUUUUUGAUUUGCUUCAUUUACAUGAUGGCAGCUGGUUACCUAUACACAAUCUUGUUGGUGGCUGGAAACGAGAGUUCUCUUUCGGCAACGAGAAUAACAAGUCUCUACAGUUUUGUUGCCGCUGUCUUUUCUCCAGUUGUAGGAAUAUUUGUCGCAAGAUUUUCAAGACUGAAGCCAUUUGCAGUGUUUGGCUGCUCACUCUACUUUGUUACAAUGGCUCUCUUUUACCACUUCCGGGGUGGUACCGAUACUGGUAAAGGUGUAAUCGGAGCUAUGGUUGUCUGGGGUAUUACGAGUUGUUUCUUUAAUUAUCCGAUUAACAUUUCGAUGCAAACUGUGACGUCGCAUGAGAACAUGGCCACGGUCACAGCUUUCGGCCUCACGAUCUUCAGAAUAGGUGGUGCAGUGGGUGCGGCUGUCUCGGGCGCUAUCUGGACGCAGAGUUUAUACCCCAGGUUGCUCAAGGCCUUAGGUGAUCCUACCCUGGCAUUAGAAGCUUAUAAUAUGCCACUAAGCUUCAUGCUCAAACACGAAUGGGGUACUCCCGCAAGAGACGCAAUGAUAGAAGCCUACAGAUAUGUCCAAAAGUACGAAGUUUUGGUGGGCCUGAUAUUUGUCGCGCCGAUGUUUUUGUUGACUUUCUUCUUGAGAGAUCCACCAUUGACUGAAGACUAUGGACAGAAACUUGAAGACGAUGAGUACGUAAAGCACGAUGACCCAAUCACUGAUUGGAUAGCUGAGCGUUUCUCGAGUUUCAAAAAACAUGAAUAG